AUGGGUUCCAUUCUUGAAGAGGAGAAAAAGUCGUUCCUCUCUAAUAUUAAUGGCAAUCAAGUGAUCUUCACCUCUUUCGAAUUGCCGAACUCCCGCAUCAUUCAUGGCAAUGUCUUCCAAAUAGGGUUAAAUAUUUCCAAAGUGGAUGGUUCGCAGAUUACGUUGGAGGAAAGUGCUGCGGCAGUUCGCGACCUUUCAGAGCGUGGCAUCACCACAGACCUUACCAAUAAACAUAAUUGCGUGAUUCUUCGUGGUGUGAACGAUUCAUCGCCUCACGCGUUUUCGGCGCUUGUCCAUGCUGCAGAGGAGGGCCGUGGUCGACACCCUUACGAGCAAAUUGGCCUUGCUGGUAGUCGUACCGUUUACGAUAAUGAAGUGUUCAGUGCCUCGGAGUCUCUACAACACCUUUGGUUCCACCAACACAACGAGUACUCAAGAUACACGAGGUUCCCAUCCAACAUUCACUUCUUCUGUCAGAAAGCCCCGCCCUCUGGUGGUGAAAGUCCGUUUACCCAUAGCUCUGAGCUCGUUGAGUCCAUUAUGGAAGAGAUGCCGGAAUUUUUUGAGGAGUGCCGCGUGAAAGGUUUGAACUCGCCAGAUAUUUAUCGCCCGCCCGGCCGAGAAGGAAAGAAUUUCAUCUUCACUUGGGCUGGUCCUCUAGCUUUUGGCAAGGACAUCCAGCCUUCAGACGACAUGGCAACCAUUAAGAAAAAAAGCCGAGAAACAAGUUCAGCGUCUUACGCCCCACUUUUGGUGGCGUGA